AUGGCAGGCGACAAGACAGGAGCGACGAACACCGACCUGCCCGACCUGCCCGACCUGCCCGACCUGCCCGACCUGCCCGACUCGCCUGACCCGACGCCCCCGAGACAGCGACAGCGCGUGGACCUGGAAAGACCGCAUAAGAUACGCAAGACCCACGGCGAUAUCCACGGCGAUACCCACGGCAGUAUCCACGGCCACGUGGAGAGGCUGCGUGCGUCGCACGACUUCCACGAGGAUACCCGCGAGGCUGCAACAACAUCUGAGGCUGCGAUAGGCAACGAGGACGGAAAUCGCAACCGCAUCCCGAGCAGCGAGGACCUGGAUCUGGAUCCGGACCUGGACAGCCUGGGCCAAGACCAGAGCCACCGCAAGGGCGAGGGCGUCCCGACCACAACGCCGCGCAAGCGGACCAGAGACAUGGACCAAAAGAUAUCAUGUGAGCUCUGCAAGACUCGCAAGGUCAAGUGUGAUCGUGCCGAACCCGCCUGCUCCUGGUGUGCGCGUCACAACCGCCAGUGCGUCUACCUGAAACGGCAGACACCGGGCAGCCGCACGCGCAUCAACGCCGAACUCGAGGCCAAGGUCAAUCGCAUCGACAGCUUGCUGCGGGCGCUCGGCCGGCGCGUCGAGGAACACAUCUCGCAAGACCAUGCCGCCGAUUUUGAGCGGCGGAGCGCAGCCGCUGGUUCGGGACGGGGCGCCCCCGGCAGCAGCAACGACGAUGGCGUCUCGCCCUCGUUAGGAUCGCUGACGGCCGCCGGCAGCAGCAUUUUCCGCGGCGGCGACGACGACGUGCACUCCAACGCCAACUCGGGCACGCCCAAUGCCUCGACGGGGAACGGCAACGGCAACGGCAACAACAACAACCACAACAAUCAGACGCCAGGGGCCGUGUCACUGCCGCCGCCCAUGACAUCGUCCGGCAUGAGCAUGAUCUGGCAGAGCGGCAGCGCCGACUACGACGACGACGCAUCGACCGUGGCUGGCGGAGGCCUUCAGCCAUACCAGAGCCAACACCGCUAUGCACCACCAUCCACGCCCUUUCGCACUCCGAAACCGCCGACGGCCGAACUGCCGCCAAACGACAUGCUCUACACGCUCGUCGACCUCUUCUUCAAGCACUGCAACACGUGGUGCCCCAUCCUGGACCGCAAGACCAUCUUCGGGACCUUUUUUGGCGCCACGUCCCUCGAAGAGCCCGACCGCGUGCUGCUGCAUGCCAUUGUGGCCACGACGCUGCGCUUCUCCAAAGACGCCCGCCUGACGCCCGAGGCCCGCGAGUACUACCACACCACGUCGAGCCAGGUCGUGCGGCUGUACGCGAUGGACCACAUCACGGUGCCGGCGCUGCGGGCGCUGGUGAUUGUCAGCCUCGACGAGUUUGGCACGUCGAGCGGGCCGCGGGCAUGGAACCUGCUGGCCAUGGUGGCGCAGAACGUGCGGCAGCUCGGACUGUGCGACGAGAGCAAGCCCGACUCGUGGAUCGAGGACGAGGGCCGGCGCCGGCUGUGCUGGGUCGUCUACCUGCUGGACCGGUAUGCGACCGUCUGUGCCGCCACGACGACGUCGCUGACCGGCGCUGGUGGCGGCUUUCUGCUCGACGACGCGGCCAUGCACCGCUUCCUGCCCUGCUCCUACGAUCUCUUCUCCCGAAACGUGCCCGUCGAGACGCGCUCGUCCUACGUCUGGUCGGACCUGGGCAGUGAGUAUGCUGCCGCCGCCGGCACGCCACACAUGCCGCACAUGCCGCACAUGCCGCCGCCGACGCCGCUCUCGGAAACGGCCUCGUCCAUGGCCAACAAGGCCGAGCACCUCGGCAGCUUCUCGUACCACUGCAAGCUCCUGCGCAUCCUCAGCCGCAUCCACGACUUCUUGCGCCAGCCCGUCGACAUCAACUCGUCGGCCGACAUGGCCCGCUGGCGCAACACCUACCAGGCCCUCGACGCCACCCUCGACGGCUGGCUGCGCGGCCUGCCCAGCGAGUUCAGCAAGAUCUCGGCGCUGUGCCACUCCGACCCGGCCUCGCGCGUCGCCAACUGGUUCAUGCUCCACAGCGCCUACGUGACGGCCGUCGUCCGCCUGCACGCCCCCGCCGCCUACCCGACCGCCCGCUCCACCCUGUUCAUGCCCUCGCAGUACGCCGUCCAGCGCUGCCUCUCGGCCGUCCACUCCCUGGCCGACAUUGCCCGCGACCUGCGCGAGGCCAACGGCCUGGACCUGCUGGGCCCGCCCUUUGCCUUUUCGCUCUGGAUCGCCGCGCGGGUCUUGCUGGUGCAUGCCUCGGUCCAGGAAGCGCCGGGCCAGAGUGCGGUUGGGGGGGUCGGAGGCAUUGGAGGGGUCGGCAGCGGAGGCGGAAACGGAAACGGAAGCGCUGCCCAGCCGCUCGACAGCCACGCCCGCAUCGACUUCUUUAUUGAAACCCUCCGCCAUGUCGGCCGCCACUGGGCCGUCGCCAACCACUACGCCGCCACCCUGGCCCGUGUCGCCCAGCGCGGGCGCCAGGGCCAGAUCACGUUUAGCAACAUGCGCCGCAGCGCCUACGACCUGCUGGCCCUGACGUCCACGUCGCGCCAGUCCGGCGCCGAGCCCAUGUCGACGCAGGUCACGUCGCUCUGUGAGCUCGACAACAUCGACGUCUUUUCCUUCUUUGUGUAUCCGCGCAUGGUCGACGACGACGACGGCAGCACCACCGCACGCGCAUCCAUGUCGGCCUCCGUGGUGGCACCGUCCAUGGCGCCCAGCAUGUCCUCUAUGGGCAACACGAGCAACCCCGGCAGCAGCAUCGGCGGCCUCGGCAUGAACAGUGUUCUCCGGACACCCAUGCCGCCGUCCGUGAGCAUGCUGCCGGGCAGUCCGCACCGCGGAUCGUCGGUGUUUUAA